GGAAAAAACUUCCCAAGCAAUCAAAAGUCAAACGGAGAUUUCUGGUGGUGCGUCCCCCGCCCCUCCCCCCGCCGACUCGGAGACAGGCAGCUGGAGGCGGGUGCUGCAGCCGACCAGGCCUGCAAGACUUUCCUUGGCGGGGGAGCUGGGGCUUGAGAUCCAAAGGUGGCCCCCCACCCCUGCUCCUCUGCAGCGCCCAGCUCCUGCUUGGGAAGAAGAGAUCUACCGCCGGGAGCACCUGCCCGCCUUCCUCUCGAGGGGCGAUCUCCCCUGCCCCGACCGGCCAUGCCCCAUAACACCAUCCGAUCAGGGCACGGCGGGUUGAACCAGCUGGGCGGGGCCUUUGUGAAUGGCCGUCCCCUGCCAGAAGUGGUCAGGCAGCGCAUCGUGGACCUGGCCCACCAGGGCGUGCGGCCCUGCGACAUCUCCCGCCAGCUACGGGUCAGCCACGGCUGCGUCAGCAAAAUCCUGGGCAGUAGGUACUACGAGACUGGCAGCAUCCGGCCCGGCGUGAUCGGGGGCUCCAAGCCUAAGGUGGCCACCCCCAAGGUGGUGGAGAAGAUUGGGGACUAUAAGCGGCAGAACCCCACCAUGUUUGCCUGGGAGAUCCGCGACCGCCUGUUGGCCGAGGGCGUCUGUGACAACGACACCGUGCCCAGUGUCAGCUCCAUUAACAGAAUCAUCCGGACCAAAGUCCAGCAGCCAUUCAACCUCCCGAUGGACAACUGUGUAGCUUCCAAAGCUCUGAGCCCCGGGCACAGCCUGAUCCCCAGCUCGGCCGUGACCCCCCCAGAGUCACCCCAGUCGGACUCGCUGGGCUCCACCUACUCCAUCAGUGGGCUCCUGGGCAUCGCCCAGGCCAGCAGCGACAACAAGAGGAAGAUGGACGACAGCGACCUGGAAAGCUGCCGGCUCAGGAUGGACACCCAGAGCAGCGCCAGUGCUGCCCGCAAGCACCUGCGCUCCGAGGCCUUCGGCCAGCCCCCCCUGGAGCCACUGGAGUGCCCCUUUGAGCGGCAGCACUACCCCGAGGCCUAUGUCUCUCCCAGCCAUGCCAAGGGCGAGCAGGGUCUCUACCCGCUGCCCCUGCUGAGCAGUGCACUGGAUGACGGCAAAUCUGCGCUGACCCCCUCCAACACGCCACUCGGCCGCGGCCUGGCCGCCCCCCAGCCAUAUGCGACCGUGACAGACCCUCCCUCCCCCUUGCUUGUAAAGCAGGAGACCCCCGGGGCCUCCAGCCCAAGCGCCACCCCUUCCUCUUUAUCUAGCACCGCCUUUUCGGACCUGCAGCCCGGGCCACCCUUCAGCGCCUUCCCCCACUGCUCCGCCAUCUACGGCCAGUUUCCUGGCCAGGGCCUCGUCCCAGGGCGCGAGAUGGUUGGUUCCACCCUGCCUGGCUACCCCCCACACAUCCCCACCGGUGGGCAGGGCAGCUAUACCUCUUCCGCCAUUGCCGGCAUGGUGGCAGCAGGCAGUGAUUACUCUGCGAACGCCUACAGCCAUUCCCCCUAUUCCACCUACGGUGAGGCCUGGCGCUUCCCCAACUCCAGUCUGCUGAGUUCCCCGUAUUAUUACAGCUCUGCCUCGAGGGCCCCUGCACCCCCCACCGCUGCCUACGACCACCUGUAGCUGCCGUGGGAGCCGUGGCACAGGACCCCCGGACGGGCCCGGCGCAGCCAGCCAAAGGCGUUGUUAUUAUUACCCAGCGAGAGAGCGGAGCCAGCCCCAGCCCCCACAGGGACCGGGAGACACAGCUGCCCCUGGCACCCACAAAACAGCUUUGUGGGAACGUGGGGUGGAGGCAUCUGGGUGACGUGGCUCCACCGGGGGGGAUGGGCAGGGGGCACUUACCAUGAAGAUGCCUCCUUAGCACCAGUGAUUUAGGGAAGAACAAUGGGGUGCCCAGGAUACCCAACAAUGGGCAGCAUUGGCCAGAGCCCCCCCAGACAAAGGGGGCUGGACAAGGACUUUUGAUCAUCACAUGGCCUCUAGAGACCCAGAUCGGAUCGAUCUAUCUGUCCCCACACACCGCCUGUCUGUCAGUCUGUCCCCACACACCCCGUCUGUCCAUCCGUCCCCACAUAAUCUCCCCCAGUCUGUCUGUUCCCACACACACACCCCGUCUGUCUGUCCCCAUACAACCCUCUAUGGAUCUAUCCAUCCCCAUACACUCCCUGUCUGUCUGUCUCCAUACACCCCCACUCUGUCUGUCUGUCCCCAUAUAUGUCUGUCCCCAUACACUCCUCCUCUAUCUGUCUGUCUAUCCACACCCCUUUCUGUCUAUCCCCACACCCCAUCUAUCUAUCUAUCAAUCUAUCUAUCCCCACCCCGCCAUCUAGCCAUCUCUAUCUGGAGCUCGCUCUCCCCGACAUCCCCAUGACCUGAGGACUGGCUCUGGGACCCUGCUGAGCUGCUCUGCUGUCUUUCUCACCAGCCCCUUUCCCACCACAGGCUUUAUUCUCCGCUCCCCUCUUGCUGGCCGUCCAGCCAUGCUGGGCUGGUGGCAGGACCUUCGACGCCCAGCUGGGCCCUGUUGGGAUCCAAGCCCUGGAAAGCACUGUUUGCCGAGGAUCGCCCUGCUGGGCUGGUGUUUGCCAGCGGCUGGGGAGGGGCAAUGCACCCAGAGGAAGCCCAGCUCCCUCCUGCCAGCCUGGCCCCUCCUCCAUGGGCAGCACCAGCUGCCCCUAUGGCACUGUAGGACGGGCAUUCCAGCCCCCCAGGGACCACGCACAUUGCUAGGUCUCCAUCCCAGCCUCACUUUGCUUGUGUAUAGACUGUACAUCAGCCCCCUCCCCUGGUGGGGCAUGGGGCAGCCCCCUCUAAUUCUCCUCUUUCGCUCUCUCCCCUUUGGAUGCUCCUGCUUUUUAUUAAAGGUUCAAUAAACCCGUUGUCCUGGCGUGCCAGGCAUGCCAGCGUGA